AUGUCUGUUACAGUGGCACUCGGAUCUUUGCCUGCCGAAGCAACGGCAACAGAAGCCAACUUUAAAUUGACUUCCGCUGCUCCCCCUCGUCCUGUUCCUGUUCCCUCAGUUUCUUUGACGGUUGGAGUGGACGCCGCAGCUUUUGAGACUGCGUCCAAGAUUCUUCAGGUCAUAAACAGGUACGGCCUGAAGCGAUCUGCUGAUACGACUGCCAAGUCGGAUGAGGGCGCUUUGAAAUAUCUUGCCCUCAUUUACUCUCAUGUCAAGGCUGGCAAUGUAGUACCUAUGUGCUUACCAGGGUUUCCAUUCAAGUCUCCCAAUUCGCGCGACAAAGUGUUGGGCAAGCUGCCUGACAGGGCCGAAGAGCUGUCACUAGCACACCUCAAUGGCCUCUGCCUCUCCAUUAAGGAUAUAUACCCUCCUGGUGCACAACUUACCAUCAUUUCAGAUGGUUUGGUAUACAAUGACUUGCUUGGAGUCUCUGACAUUGACGUAUGGAGAUAUGGGCAAACUCUGAGGGCCAUUGCCACAGCCAAGGGGCACAAACACAUCUCCUUCUCACGGCUUCAAGACCUUGUAGCAAUUGCACUGCCUGAGCAGCUGGACGAGAUGACUUAUGUCGCAAAUGCAUCAAAUUUCCGACGAGCACUGCUAAACACCUUUGGCCGAGCUGACUGGAACUGGGAGACAGCCAGCCAGAAGGAAGACGUCAGUUUAACGUACAAGGGGUAUAUUAAGGCCCUGGGAAUCGACCUCCAAAAUGUAUACGACAUCAAAGACGACGCUAGUAAGGUCAAGUUCAGGCAAGGAAUUGAAUACACGGCUCAGCAAAUGCUAGCCCGUGGGGAUGCAUUUGCCAAUGCCAUUGGGCAAAAGUACAGCGAGUUUGUCCGUUUGUCUAUCCAUGCGUCCACUGGAGCGGCCAAGCUCUCUAUCAACUUGCUGCCCACAGAGUCUAGCUACACCACCCCUUGGCAUUGUGCCGUCGCGUACAAACUGGACGGCACCACGACGACCGGACGAAGAAUUGACUUUGAUAAUGAUGACCAGUACGAACUUGUCUAUGAGAAUGACAGACCUAGUUACUACCGCGAGAAAUCGCCCCUGUUGUCAUGGGGCACAGAGAAAGGCGGUGUUGUUUUCGAGCCGAUCUAUCCAACUGGCUGGUUCGUCAGGCCUGCAAAGGGUCCUUGGAGCAUGUCCUUGGACGACAUCGAUGCCGAAAAGGUCCGCGCAUUGUGCGAAGUCAAUUCUCCUGUUAUCCUUCGUGGCUUUGUAAAGAAGCCAAGCAAGGAAGAAUUCUCCAAAAAGUCUGAGCAAUUCGGCAAGCCACUCAAGUGGAACUUUGGCAUCCUCUUGGAGGUCAAAGACCAGGGAUCAGACACCCGAGGUCUAAACAACGUGCUCUCCUCGGAGGCAAUGCCGUUCCACUAUGACGGUAUCUUUAGGACUGUGAGGCAAAAGAAUGAGAAUGGCGAAGAAGUGCGCGUUUCAACGCCACCUCGAUUCCAAAUAUUCAUUGGAGCCACAUCGUCUCCAAAAGAUACGGGCUAUACGCUUUUUUCGUCGUCUACACACAUCUUCAAGCUUCUCCCAGAGUGGUUGAAGCUCGAAGACAUGGCCGCAAUGAACUGGACAGUCUCAACAGACGCCUUUCGCAACAUUGUAAUCAGGGACCUCCCACUAAUCAAGACGCAUCCAACGACGGGAAAGCCCUGCUUGAGAUAUCACGAGCCUUGGGCAAAAACGGAAUUUCUUCCAACGGAUGUGAGUAUUGAUGGACUUGAAGCAGCCGACAGUGAGGCAAUCUGCCGAGCCAUCACAACGGCGUUGUACGACAGACGCGCCACUUACUUUCACAGUUGGGAUAAGGGGGAUGUUGUCGUAAACGAUAACACGCUGAUGCUUCAUACGAGGAGCGAGUUCAAGUCUGGAAUGGACCGAGAGCUUUGGCGAAUUCACUUUGACUAA